GGCCUACACAGCCGGCGAACUCGGAGGCACCAGCGGCAGGAACAGUUCCCACUUCGGAGGCACCGGACGCGAGCGGGUCUGAGGCGGUUGCUAGUCGGGUCAGUGUAUAAGGAAAAUGCGUGGAUGCAGGCCGCUGAUUGUAUCUCUGACAGGGAUCAUCGGUACUAGAUAGUCAGCAUCUCGGGAUUGAACAGACGCGCAUAAACAUGGUGCGUAGUCGAUUGAACGCGAUUGACAACAGACCGGCUCGGCGGUAUCCCAUCAUAUGCCUCGACAACCUCCGCGGGAGGUGCAGAAAUGAGGAACAUUGCCCACGGACACAUGUUCUCUCAGGGCCUAACUCGUCUUCAAUGACUUCCCCCCUGGAGAAGUCGCAUGGUCUGCCGCCGCCACCAUCUGAGCGGGUGGGUUUGGCAUGCAACGCGAAAUCUGAGCCGCCUGCCCCUACUCCCAGCACGCGAGAUGUCUGCAUGAACUGGCUGUUCCGGGACACGUGUUUGAACGGAGCGAGUUGCAUGUAUGAGCAUCCACCAAAAUCCGGAUCAAUGAGACCGGGGCCAGCUGUAGAUGUCUCUUCGGGGACUGUCACACCAAUGCCCACAGGGGGCUCAAACAUCCGUGGAUACAUACCGGCAGAGAGUAGACAGCCUGAGUCGCUGAAUCUUGGUGGUGCAGCGGAUGUGGUCACUCUAUCCCGCACUCCCGAGCGUACGGUGCCUUCAACGAAUCUGCACCCGGAUACGACUGAUCGUGAACGACGGCCUCAAGGCACGACGGCCGGAGAUCUCCUGCUUGAUCUCAGAAGAAAUGCCAAAGGGUCAACUCAUACGUCGCAUUCGUCUGCUUCGGAAAAGCCAGGCCCGAGUCAAAUCCGCCUUCAACAGGGCGAGAUUCCAGCAUCGACGUCGACGUCGACGCCUUACGAGACAGCAGCGAGGGAUGCAUUUAGCGCGCUGAGUCACAGGGCCGGCGGCUCCUCUUCGUACUACGAGGUCUACGGCUUGACGUUCGCAAAUUUGCGUGCCAGUAAUGUUGGCCCUCGCCUACGGCAGCAAAGACCCGAGUCUCAGGGAGACCAUGGUGGGGGAGUGCCUGCACACACAUCUCGUGUCAACGUUCCAAUCGAGCAUGCUGAAACCUCGUCCGAUACAUCAUAUUAUUCCGCGGAAUAUGGCUCCGACCCCUCCGUCGAUGCAGCCCAGUCAUCAAACACGUCCUUUGAUCUGUCGCAGACUCCCGCUGAGCCGUCACAGCCUGUAUGCUGGGACUUCCUACAUGGGGAAUGUACAAGGCAUGUCUGCCGCUUUCGGCAUGAAGAAUUCGAUCCAAGGAAGGAGACCUUGAGCACGGAACGUCGGCGGCAAGUCUCGGGGGUCCGUCGAUCCGAUACAUACCCCUCGCGAGGCGAUCAUACUGCAAAGAACUCUUCGACUCGUAUUCCCGGCUCGACCUCAAGCGCAGGACAUCAUGACACCUCGCACGAUUUGCCCAAGUCUGAUCAGCCCGGCCGUGCUGAGCCUUUCGCGGCACCUGCAUUGCCUCCUGGGCUGGGCUUGGAAACUAGACGUCCUAACCCAGGCCUCACCGCCCAGCGAAAGGAGCCGCCCGCGAAUAUCACGUUGUCUGUCCUUGAUUCGACACGAGUGACAUACGGACCAGGUUUCGUUGUCCAGAGUGUCGUCACGGGCUUCGAGACGCGGCAGGUGGUUUUGAAGGAUCUCCCUGUUGAUGUCACUCCUGCGGAUGUCACGGCUGUUCUGAAGGCACACGGAGAGGUCGCCUCUGUGUAUCUCCCUGAUCCAGGGAAAAGAGGCGUUGCUACGGCCAGGGUCACGUUCGCUUCAUCCGAACAAGCUGUGACUGCUGUGUCCGCUCUCGAUGGGACCGAGGUCUUCGGCACGACCAUCAGCGCGCGUAUGUGGUCAGGACAAUCCUCCCUGCUUGGAAAGGCCAGGCUUGCCGACGGAGACGUUCUCUUCGAGUUCCCUUGUGCCCACAAGACAGGGUAUAUCGGAUAUCCAAGUCGCGCACUCGCGGAGAAAGCCAUUGCCCAUGCCAACAACACAGAGGUCAAGGGUAAUUGGGUCACCGCUGAGAUGCAUGAAGGGAUUCCGAUGGUCGGCGCCUUCACUGUCCGCCUUCGGGGCCUCCCCGCCAGCACUCAGGUCAAGGACCUCGGGCGCUACGGCAAAUCAGAAGGUGUCAUGCUGGAGCGUCCCAACUACGACUCGUCGAAGGUCGCGAUACACCGCUUGCGCGUGAUCCUGGACAAUUUCGGGUCGAUGUUUUCAUUCAACGUGCUGCCACCGCCGUACAAGCGAGGCACGAUCCGUGCGUAUGGUCAGUUCGAGACGCCAGCAGCCGCGGAAACGGUAUGUGCAGCUCUGCACAACCGACGACAACCAUUCUGUGGCCAUGGAACACUCUUCGCUACCCACAUCAGCACGCUCGUCUACGAGCUUCCACCCGCAGUCUUCGACGCUCUGUCGUCCGACAUACGUCUCCUCAAUGCGUUCAUCUGGAACACCUUCGAGCCAGGCAGUAGCAUAUCUAUCGUCGACAAGCGUGCGACUGUGGGUCCUCGUUGCCCUGUCCGCGUGAAGCUUGCAGCACAACGCAUGCCAGCGCUUACCAGGAUGAAGAGUCAUUUCGAUCGUCUGCUACGCGGAGAGAGGGUCGAGCAGGACGGCGAGAUCAUGUGGGACAGCUUCUUUGCUCGACGCCCAGGUAUAUUCUUCCUAGAGGAGCUGCAAAGGCGGCAUACGGGCGUUCUCAUCAAUCGAGACAUUGGGCGGCAUAUAUUAACGCUUUUCGGCCCAGAGCCAAAACGCGCGGCUGUUCGCUCGGCCAUCGUGUCUAGGGUGGACGAGUUGAGGCGACAGAACUGCCACGUCAUCCCCCUGCCUGGUCGACUCGUCGGUCUCUUCUGGGGAGCAGAUCUCGCGGCUCUGCGACGACAAUUUGGAGAAGAAAAUGUUUCUCUGGAUCCCGUAGCACGUGCCUUGAAAGUGCGAGGGGACGAUGUAGCCCACGAGGCAGCACUUCUGGCCGUCAAACAAGCUCGCGAGCGACAUGUCAGCGAGAGGCAGCAGCCUCAGGUCGAGUGCCCGGUAUGCUUCAACGAGGUGACCAACCCCGUGAAGCUGGGGUGCGGCCACACAUGGUGCAAGACCUGUCUCCAGAGCUACUUACGCGCAUCGGUCGACAACACCGCUUUCCCACUCCUGUGUCUCGGGGACGAGGCCCGCUGCUCUUCACAGGUACCAAUCCAUAUUGCCCAGGAGGUCCUCUCGACGAACGACUUCAUGAGCGUCGUCGAAGCGUCAUUCCGCGCCUACGUCCACUCACGGCCGUCGGAGUACCAAUAUUGUCCUACCCCGGACUGCUCACAGGUUUAUCGCCGAACUUCCAGCAACAACACUCUGCAGUGCCCGUCGUGUUUGGUGCGGAUCUGUCCGAAGUGCAACUCUGAGGCCCACGAACGCUCGCCUUGCCAGUACAACGAAGCGAGCGAUCGUCUGCUCUUCGAUGACUGGAAGGGCAGUCAUGAUGUCAAGGAUUGCCCGAGCUGCAAGGCACCGAUCGAACGAGAGGCGGGCUGCAACCACAUGAUGUGCAUACGGUGCAAGACGCACAUAUGUUGGGCGUGUCUGGCUACGUUCGAUACCUCAGGCGAAGUCUACGAACACAUGCGCUUGAUCCACGGAGGAAUAGGACUGUAGCCACCGGAAGGAGCGUGUCGCAUUCCCGCGUUGCAGUGGUUCAGUUAUUGUGGUAUUUAUGCGUGUGCCCUUGCGUUGGGAACUGUUGUUGUACACACUACUCGUGAUAUCCCCCAUUGUAAUGUACAGACGGGUCUGA